UUUCCUCUUCAACCAACGAACGGUCUUGGUCGCGAGCGAUAUCGAAACACAGUGAGAGAAAAGGGAUCCAACUGAAGACGAGAGGAAACUCAUCCACCCGUUCAACACAAGUUAUCUUUCUUUUGAAAAAGGAGUAACUCUUAGUAUUCUCCCCCGCACUCGUGUUUCAAGGAUGAUGAUUUCUCGUAUUUCGGUCGUGGCGCUGUUCAACCUUCUGGUAGCGACAUACCAUACGGAGGCUUUUGUACCGUCGCAUCACCAGCGUCGAGCAGUCAUUCGAACAACAGCAGGCACAUAUCCUUCCGCUUACUCCCGCCUCUACUUUUUUGGACGCAACAAGGACGACGACGAGGCGUCGGAAGCCGAUAAUACGGACAAAAAAAGUCCAUUCUUCGCACGUUUUGGUAUCGGAAAGAACGAGAACGAAGACGACUCUGAAGAUAAAGCAUCGGAACAAAAUUCUAAAGUGCACGAGACUGUUGCAGCGGUGGCUACCGUAGCCAAAGAUGAGGUCGAAAAGGAGCAAGGGUUCACUAGUGGACCUCUUCCUCGCACAUCGCGGGCGCCCAAGCGAGUGGUCGAUGCAAACUUGUCGCCCCUCGAGCAGGCGGCCGCGUUGCAAGCGCAAGCCAAGAAAAUCCGUCUCGAAGCUGAAAAGCAAGACGCGGAACUUACUUUGGCGAAAAUCACAAAGUUGGAAAAAGAAAUUGCACACGCCAAGAGGCACAAGGAGUCGCAUGAUGACGCCGUGGUGGAAUUAUUGCAAAGGGAACUGCAGGCUUUGGAAGCCAAAAUGAGGGGAGAAGCGCCAGCACCAGUGAUACGGUCUAAGCCAUUGUCUAAUAAAAGCGAAAGCGGCGCGGUCCCUGGCACGACAGAUAUCGCCGCAAAAGUGGCAACCCGAGCAAUGCCUGAGAACGGCUUUUCAGCCACCGUGAGCAUGGCCGAGGACCCUGCUGAAGCACUACAAUCGCUCGACGAACUUACCAAAUUUAUAGAAAAUUCACCCAAAUUUAUGAAGAAAGCACUCGCGGCACAGGUCGAGCUAGAUUAUGCCGACGUGGAAAACCUUAACACGACUGAAAUGGCGCUUCGCGUCGACAAAAUGCGUCGUCUCGACUUUUCCUUCUCGGCGCGUCCUAAACCCAGAUUUACCUUUGAGGAAGUCAAUGCGAAGAAGAAGGAACUCAGCAAGGGAUGGGCUAAAUCUCUGUUGGAUCCCCGUCUCACGUCGGCGGCUAGUGGCAACGAAACAGAGCUUGCCUUGCUCGCUCUGGAAUACGAGUAUUACAACAAGGGAGGCAUGGUGCUUUCGCAGGAUCAACUAAGUGAAAUGUCCCAGGACGACGAGUUUAUCGCGCAAAUAGUUUCUGCGGUCAACAAGUCAGCUGUGGAUAGUUCGAUUGAAACACUUUUUCCGAAGUGUACCCGUAAAGAAGGACAGGCUCCCACCAUGGCACAAGUCCAGCGACUAAUUACCGAUGUUUUGCCAAAAGCAAAGUUUUCGUCAACGUCUAAACCAGAACCUGUUGCCGGUGGCUUUGUCAUUCGGGGAAUUAACAAGGCAGAAAACGGCGACGAGCUGAUCGAAGCAAUUGACAAGCAGCUUACUAAGUACCCAAAUUUGGCCGACAAACUAUCCGUCUUGUACACCAACGACUUUACUGUCUUUGCCAGUACCGAGGUUGAAAGCGACGAAUUCAACUUCGACGAUGUUGAGCCCAUCCUAUACGUGACUGGUCCGAAUAUCGUUCGAGAACCCCGGAGGGUGCUCUUGUCGUUGACGUCUGCUUUAGGAAUCGCUUCAUCUUGGUAUCUAUCCCUUUACCCGUUCCUUCUAAAUCCAGCGUUGUCUAAACGGGUCGACGAGCAGUUGGCUUUGGCCGACGCCAAUAUGACACCGGAUCUGACGUGGUUGACGGAUCUGUCGCUUCCCUUGUUUACGACGUUCGUCUCGAUCCAGUUAAUCCACGAAAUCGCCCACCGGGCUGUCGCUGCCUUUUAUGAUAUCAAAGUUUCUGCUCCAACGUGGGUACCUUCCAUCUUUACUGGUAUAACGAGCAGUGUAACCACGUUCCGGACCUUACCAAAGAAUAAGCAAGCGAUGUUUGACUUCUCGGUAGCCGGACCGCUGGCAGGAAUGAUUGCUUCUGCCAUCGCGAUUUUUAUCGGGUCACAGAUCACUGCAAACCAGGAUGCUUCAUUGUAUCCUGCUCUUCCUUUGGAGAUCUUACGACAGAGUACUCUGGGUGGUGGAAUUAUUGAAAGCAUGCUAGGUAGUGGAGCACUGAGUGUUCCUGGUGGUGCUCUCGGGACCCAGGCCGUUGCUCAGAUGAUGAUUCCUUUGCAUCCAGUGGCCGUUGCCGGCUAUAUUAGUCUUGUUCUGAAUGCCCUUGCGAUGCUACCCGUUGGAACCACCGACGGGGGUCGUAUUGCCUUAUCAGUUUUUGGACGUGGCGCCAAGCUUCUUGUCGGAAACGCGUUUCUGUUUGCAAUGCUUGCAAUUGGCCUUUUAGGAUCUGAUCUUUUCCUGUUCUAUUUCGCUUUCUGUAUUGCGUUUCAACCCGGCAACGAAAUACCGUCACGGAACGAGGUUGAUCGUGUUGACUUUUCUCGUGUUGUGGUUGCCACUAGUGCAUAUAUAGUUGCUAUAUUGGCGCUAAUACCUUUCCAGUGAGGGCUUCAUCUCAUGUUUUUUCACAGUCAGUAUCUGCUAUUUGUCAACCAUCACCGGUAUUUUACUAGGACCCGCCUAGUCGAAUGCAGCAGCAUUUAAAUUACUCCUCAAGCGCUCAAUCCCAUUCUAGAACUUGCAGGAACACUGCCCUGCCUCACCAUUGAACUGUUGUAGAUGCCGUCCUACUAGAAAUUUAAUGCAAUAGGAAUGGAUUUAAAAAUACUA